ACGUCAGGCACCCGCACUGCAAUUGUAAUAUGCCUCUCCCAGAGCGUCGCCAAGCAGCGGCACUUUGCACUCUCCUUUCGUUGUUGCUAAUUCUCAAAAAAUGAAGGUUGCUGCAAUCACCACCCUCGUUGCUGCUCUUUUCGCUGUUUCAGCUGACGCUCUUGCCAGAGUUCCUAUCAAGAAAGUCUCUGAGACCUCUGCUGACAGAGCUCAACGCUACACCCAUACCCGCGAGUACUUGACCCAAAAGUACUUCGGUGCUCAACGCCACCAGGCCCAGCAAAACCAGAUCGCGGCCCCUGACGCUAAUGGCCGAGUUGAACAUGGUGUUCCUCUCUCCAACUACAUGAACGCCCAGGUAUGAACUAUAGUAACAAUCAAACACCUUUAUAACUGUCACGCUAACAGCAGCUUGUCUCAAUAGUAUUAUGGUGAAAUUGAGAUUGGUACACCUCCUCAAACUUUCUCUGUUGUCCUCGAUACUGGUUCUUCCAACCUUUGGGUUCCCUCCACUCACUGCAGCUCCAUUGCUUGCUUCCUUCACCGUCGUUAUGACUCCACCAAGUCUGAUACCUACAAGGAA